CUCUUCUUUCACUCGCUUAUCUCCCCUUCCAAAUCCUAAUCCGCUCGCCUCUCGUCUUCUCCCCCACAAAACCCACACACUCGCGCUUGGCUCAUCGGCUGCCUCCGCGAGCCGCGGCCAUGGAGCUCGCCACCGCCACCGCCGCCGCCGCCGCCUCCUCCACCACCCGUGCUCACCGACCCCGCAGCUCCAGGCUCGCAGUCCCGACGAGGGACAGCUGCUCCCUCCUCCCCUCCUCUUCCUCCCGCCAGUUCGCCGCGCUCUCCACGUCGGCGGCCUCCACCGCCUCGCGGUCACGGGCGCAGAGGCGGCGGCUCCCCGUCGCCUCGGCCGCCGUCGAGCUCCGGGAGGCCUCGUCGCAGGGCGGAGACUCCGUCCGCGUCACCGAGACGCUGCAGCCCGGCUCCAGUGUCAAGUUCAGUGUGGAGGUGCCUCCUUCCAUAUGCCAGCAAUGCUAUGAAACUACUCUACAAGAGUACGCAAAGCGCUUCAAGAUUCCUGGAUUUCGUCCCGGGAAAGUAGUUCCAGAGAACGUACUUAUAAACUAUGUAGGACCAAAACACGUACAGGAUGCUACAGUUGAAGCUAUCUUGAGGCAUACACUUCCUCAAGCAUUGUCCUCGGUAGAGGACAGGGCAUUAGAAGAUUCUGUACGCAUUCUAACAAAGUUUGAAGAUAUGGCAAAUUCAUUCUCUCUUGAUAAUGUGUUUAGAUAUGAUGUUUCUGUGGAUGUUGCCCCUGAAGUGAGAUGGUUAUCUGAAGAUAAAUAUAAGAACCUCAAAGUGGUCGUUGAAAUAGAUGAAAUUGUUGAUGCUGAAAAGGCAGCUGAGAUAGAACUUAAACGUCGUCAUAAAGCUCUAGGAUUACUCCGAAUAGUUGCUGACAGAGGACUGCAGGUAGGUGAUCUGGUGGUACUAGAUAUAUUUGCAGAAAGUAUUACCAGUGAUGGCUCUAAAGGUGAAAAAAUUCCAUCAGCUGAGAGUAAAGGUUUCCACUUGGACACUGAGGAAAACAAUAACCUUGUUCCUGGUUUUCUUGGUUCGUUAAUUGGUAUUCGUCCUGGUGAGACUAGAUCAUUUCCUCUUCAAUUCCCUGAGUCCUUUGAACAAGAAAGUCUGCAAGGUGUCCGUGCUCAAUUUACUGUUGUGUGCAAAGAGCUCUUCUACAGAGAGUUGCCAGAAUUGGAUGACUCACUUGCUGGAAAGCUCCUUCCAGGCUGCACUACCAUGGAUCAGGUUCGAGAACGCAUUUUGCAAAGAUGUAAAGAAGUGGAGAAAACAGCAAUAGAACAAGCAACAGAUAAUGCAAUCCUUGAUCAGCUUGGAAAGUUAGUUGAAGUUGAUGUUCCACGAGCCUUAUUUCAAGAACAAGGCCAGCAGUUGUAUGGAGCCAAACUUCUACAACUCCAGGCAGAAAGGAAGCUAGAUAAAGACCAGCUGGCAUCCCUUUCAAGCCAAAAGUCAGUUCAGGAAUACCUAGAAAGUGAGAGAGAAAAUAUUAAUAGAAUCAUUAAACAAAUGUUGGCUGUUGGUGAAAUAUUCAAGGCUGAAAAUCUGCAGUUUUCGACCGAGCAACUGGUAAAGGAAGUUGAGAACUCUAUAGAAGAGUUCAAACACUAUAAUCAAGACUAUGAUGAGGGGAGCAUCAAGCAGCAGGUUCAGGAUGUUCUAGAGGCAGCGAAGGUGCUCGAAUGGCUCAAGGAGAACUGCAUUAUUGAGUACAUUAGACCAUGAAUCUAGUGUCAAAGACAGCUGGUGUGAAAAUUUUGCUGAGUUACUUUGGUUCUACUCGUACAGAUAAAAUGAAGCCUUGUGCCAACUCAUUGCCUACCGAUGGAAUGUAAAGUUUGCUUUUUAUUUAUAGCACAAUAAAGAGAUAUGGUUCACAAAUAGAUUGCAAAUUUCUUUCAAAUUCUUUGUAUUAUAUGUCUAUAAUUGAACAUGGUACAGAUAAUUGUCCCAAAAAGUUGAUAAUAAGGAAUGAAUGAUGCGUUGUGCUACUUUUUUUUUA